CGCGAUUCGCUCUAGAAGCUAUAAAGUAAUCCGCCGGUGAGCGGAACGCACGGAAUCGGGCCCCGCGUGCGAUGCUGGUAGCAGCGAUGGCUGACGAAAUAUCGAGGGAUACGUUGUUGGAUCGCGUGAAGAAACAGGGCGAGGUAGUGCGACGGUUGAAAGCCGCGAAGGCCAACAACACGCAGGAAUACAGAGAGCAGUCUGAUAUAAAUAUUGAAUUAAAAAGCUUAAAUGAUGAUUUUGCGGAUGUCAGCUAUGUCUGUGGUUGGUACCCAACGUCUAAAGACACUGAACUAUAUGAUACAUUAUGUGUCGUCCUUAACGAUGAGCUUGUAAGGUGGCCACAUCUGAACAGGUGGCAUAAUAACAUGAAAAGCUUUGCUCAGGAAGAACGUCUAAUGUUUCCUACUGCAGAAGUACCACUCACUUCUCUAGCAGAAACGAUUGAACGACUAAAGAAUACUUGCUAUAUUAGCAAAAAUAUGCUAGACGAAAAGAUAGAGCAGGAAGUCGCCAAGUUGUUGGAACUAAAAGCACAAUUGGGAGAGGAGAAUGGUUGCCCUCACAAACUCAUCCUCAAAACGCCAAAAGGCACGAGGGAUUAUAAUCCGGAGCAAAUGGCGCUGCGAUUGGGAGUACUGGAGAAGAUAAUAUCAGUAUUCAAACGUCAUGGCGCUGAAACAAUAGAUACGCCUGUAUUUGAGCUAAAAGAUGUUUUAACUGGUAAAUACGGUGAAGACUCCAAGCUCAUCUAUGAUCUGAAGGAUCAAGGUGGCGAGAUCCUUGCACUUAGAUAUGAUUUGACAGUUCCUUUUGCAAGGUAUCUAGCCAUGAGCAAGAUCUCUUCUAUUAAGAGAUAUCACAUUGCUAAGGUCUACCGGAGAGAUAAUCCAGCCACAACGAAAGGCAGAUACAGGGAAUUUUAUCAGUGUGAUUUUGAUAUUGCCGGCCAGUACGACUCGAUGUUACCAGAUGUAGAGUGCAUUCGGGUCGUGUGCGAAGCGUUGGAAGUUUUGAAUCUGGGACCAUACUUAAUUAAAGUGAAUCAUAGGUCUCUCCUAGAUGGUAUAUUUGCUGCAUGCGGUGUGCCGCAUAAUCAAUUUCGCGCAAUCUGCUCCGCCGUGGAUAAGCUGGACAAGAGCCCUUGGGAGGAAGUGAAAACAGAAAUGACGGAGGAGAAAGGAUUAGACGAACACAUCGCCGAUAAGGUCGGCAAAUAUGUCUCGCAAUCCGGCGGGGUGGAACUAAUAGCAGAAUUGAGAAAAGACAAAGAACUGAUGAAACAAACCGUUGCCGUGCAAGGUUUAGAUUCCAUGGAAUUGUUGUUAAAGUACUGUGGUAUCUACAAAAUUCUGGAUAAAAUCAAAUUUGACUUGAGUCUCGCAAGGGGGCUUGACUAUUACACGGGUGUUAUUUACGAAGCUAUAUUGUGCGGAGACGAUGUUGGUGUUGGUAGCAUAGCAGGCGGUGGCCGUUACGAUAAUUUAGUGGGAAUGUUUGACAGCAAGAAUAAAAAUGUACCUUGCGUUGGUGUGUCGUUGGGUGUGGAACGAAUAUUCAGCGUUAUGGAGGCAAAAUUGGCAAACAAGGGUCUAAAAACGCGUACUGCUGAAAUUGAGGUAUUCGUGGCGAGCGCACAGAAAAAUCUGCACGAGGAGAGAAUGAAGAUAUUGGUGGAUUUGUGGGAAGCUGGCGUGAAAGCGGAACAAUCAUACAAAAAGAACGCAAAACUUUUGGCGCAAUUGCAGCAUUGUGAGGAGAAUGGCAUCCCAUUGGCAAUAAUCAUCGGAGAAGGUGAACUGGCAAAGGGUGAAGUUACAUUGAGAGUGGUGUCGACGCGACAGGAAACCCGCAUAUCACGUAGCAAUCUCGUCGAGGAAAUACGAAAGCAGCUAGAAACAUUAUCGUAGCACAUUCGUAAUCUUCUCGUUAUUAAAAAGAGAGUUACGUCAAUACAAAAAAAAUAUUUAUAUUGCAUUUAGUUUCAUUUCAAUCCACGUGCCGGAAAGUUAUUUAUUAGAUUUAUUAGAUUUUUGUAUGAGUUUAUUUGUAUUAUCUCGGCACGAUGGAUCAUUACCGUCGAGUGAUAAACUUCUUGUCACCGAUAGAUGCUAAUUGUGAAAUCGUACAAAUGAAUGCAUGAGGAAGUGUAACGACGCUUUACUUAUGUAUAAGCAUAUAGACAAUUUUUCAGGGAUAUAAUCCUUUAACCGAAUUUUUCCGGAUAAGAUCUGGAAUUUAACUGGACUUUAAUUUAAUUAAUUAAUUCACAGCUACCGCUCCAGACACCAAAUACAUCUUUAUAAUUUAUUCUGCAAGAACUUGUCAAUAAAAUGUUAUAAAUUUCGU